CGUCGUCACCAACGGCCCACGCUACAAAAUCGGCCUCCAAGCCGACACGCCGUGUGUCCCCUCAUCUUCCUUCUCCGCUGUCUCUGGAACCACGCCGCCCGUAGUCCAGUCCGCCACCGCCGUUGUCAUACUCAUCACCACUGUAGUUAUAAAUUAGUAAAAUCUUUCUUUACCUUGGCAAGUCGCAACCAAAGCCUCGACCCUUUCCCUUGGGAGUCGAGUGGGAGUGGAACCGUCAAAAUGUCGUCGUCCUCGGCGAUGCCGCCGCCGGCGUCGCCGCGGGAGCACGUGGAGAGGAUCCGGCGGGAGCGCUACUACAUCGGGCGCGGGGAGCAGAACCCGCUGGCGGAGGACAUGCACCAGGCCGUCAACUACCUCUCGCAGGAGCUCUACUCCAAGGACGUCCACUUCCUCAUGGAGCUCGUGCAGAAUGCCGAAGACAAUGAGUACCCAUCUGGAGUAGCACCUUCUUUGGAGUUUCUAAUUACAUCAAAGGAUAUUACUGGAUCUGGUGCAUCCUCGACUUUGCUCAUUUUCAACAAUGAGAGGGGAUUCUCAUCGACCAAUAUAGAUUCCAUUUGUCGUGUCGGGAAAUCAACAAAGAAGGGAAGCAGACACCAUGGUUACAUUGGAGAGAAAGGUAUUGGGUUCAAGAGUGUUUUCUUGAUAUCAAGCCAGCCCCAUAUAUUUAGUAAUGGUUACCAGAUCAAGUUCAAUGAGAAACCCUGUGCUGAAUGCAAUAUUGGGUACAUUGUCCCUGAGUGGGUGGAAUCUGGACCUACACUUUCAGAUAUCAAAGCCAUAUAUGGAUGCUCCAAAAUCCUACCUACAACCACAAUCAUCUUGCCGUUGAAGAGCGAGAAGGUUGAUGCAGUGAAGAAACAGCUGUCAAGCUUGCAUCCUGAAAUGCUACUGUUCCUAUCAAAAAUCAGAAAGCUUUCUGUCCAGGAGCAUAACUCUGAUCCAAAGAGUAUCACUGUUAGCGAGAUCUCAAUUUCCAGUGAAAAGAACUACCAAGCCAGAAAGAACAUGCAUGCUGAGUCUUAUACACUCCAUUUAUCAUCUGAAGAGAGUGGAAAAGGAGAAGAAGAAUGUGGUUAUUAUAUGUGGAAGCAGAAAUUCCCAGUCAAGCCAGAGUAUAGAGUUGAUAAACGUGCUGAAAUCGACGAAUGGGUGAUAACCCUGGCCUUUCCACAUGGUCAGCGUCUGUCCCGUGGGAAGCAACUAUCACCUGGAGUCUAUGCUUUCCUCCCUACUGAAAUGGUAACAAAUUUCCCCUUCAUCAUCCAGGCUGACUUCCUCCUUGCAUCGUCAAGGGAGGCAAUACUGUUCGACAGUCUAUGGAACAAGGGAAUUCUCGAGUGUGUUCCAAGUGCUUUCAUGAAUGCUCUUGUAACACUUGUGAAGUCCAGAGCUGAUGCACCUGCAAUGUGUCUGCCAUCAAUGUUCAAUUUCCUACCUGUCAAUUCUUCAUUGAUUCCACUGCUUGAGCCAGUUAGGUCUAGCAUCAAAUACAAGGUUCUCGCCGAGGAUAUAGUUCCAUGUGAAUCUUAUGCUUCACAGAAGAUAUUCUGCAAGCCCAGUGAAGUUGCACGGUUGAAGCCAGCCUUUUGGACUAUCCUUGGCAAAGCACGGGAAUCUGGUGUAGAUUUGAAGAGUCUGUCAACUCAUGGAACCUACAUUCUUAGUUCCCAUUUUGACAAUAGUAGAUACAACAGUGUGCUUGAGUUUCUUGGUAUCAAAAGCGUGAGCACUGAAUGGUACGCAAAAUGCAUUGAAGGGUCUAAUCUUGUCAAGGAGGUACAUGAGGAGCUUUACCUGGAAAUUUUACACUUUGUCGCGAGUAAUUGGGGAAACUAUUUUUCUGGUACAAAUAUGAUGUCUGUUCCCCUACUGAAAUAUGUUGAUAGGAAUGGUGUUCUCUCUUUUUGGAGCAUAUCCAGAGCUAGUCAACGGAAUGAUAGGUUAUGCACUGCAUCUGAUAUGAACUGUACAUCAUGGCUAAUCAGCUGGAACAAAGAGUUUCCAUCUUCUAAUCAGUUCUUUCUCCAUCCCAGCACACAGGCUGCUCUGGAUAGUUUCUCACAGAAGAUGACAGUGGAAAGCUGGCUUCGGAACCAUGCAAGAAUGGAGGUUGUCUCUGUCUACAGUUAUGGAUUGACUGUUGCUGCUUCCUUGAGUAAUGAUCGGAGGCCUGUCAUUGCUUUUGCACACGUUCUGUACCACUCAUUUAAGAUGAAUUACAUAGAGAAGUACUGCUUAUCAGAACUCUUCCGUUACAUGCCCGUAAUUGACAGCGGUGGCUGUGUUGUGAAGGAAAGAAAAAGCAUUAUAGUUCCGGCUAAGGGGAGCAAAUGGGCUGAUUUGCUGGGUUCAAACCCAUGGAGGAAUAUAGGGUACAUUGAGUUGCUAGCGUCAGGAGGCCACUUUGCUGGGAACUACACAUCUAAGGAUCAGCUGUUGGAAUUUCUCAAGAUACAUCUGCAUGCCUCAGAUGUGCCAUUCAUACGCCCACCAAAUGCAAGGUUCCAUACUGUCUCAUCGCCUCUCACAGUGGACAAUGCAUUCUUGCUACUGGAAUGGAUACGGAAUAUCAAGUCAGAUGGUGUAAGUUUACCAGAUCGAUUCCUGGCUUGUGUAAAAGAAGGGAAUUGGCUAAAGACAUCGGUUGGAUACAAGCCACCAAAUGAAUCAUUUCUGUCCAGUGCUAACUGGGGAAGUCUUUUGCAAAGUGGAACUUCAUUCAUUGAUAUACCAAUGAUUGACCAACAAUUCUAUCGAAACAAGCUGCAUAUGUACAAACAGGAACUCAAGGCAAUUGGGGUGAGAUUUGAAUUUCAGGAGGCAUCAUCUUAUAUUGGAAGCCGCCUCAUGUCUAUGGCUGCAAGCAACGUGUUAGCCAGAGACUGUGUGUACUCCUUGCUUCGGCUCAUUCGGUUCCUACGAGAGAAGGUUCUAUCUCCAAGUCAAUUGAUUGACAGUGUCAAAGAUGGAUGUUGGAUGAAGAGUACUCUUGGUUAUAGGCGUCCUUCUGAUUGUAUCAUCAAAGAUUCAGAAUGGGCAGUGGCAUCUUGUAUCAGUGACCAACCAUUCCUUGAUGUCAAGUUCUAUGGAGAGGGCAUCCUUUCAUAUAAAUCAGAGCUGGAGUUGCUUGGUGUUAUUGUUGGGUUCAAAAACAAUUACCAUCUUGUUAUUGAUAACUUCAAGUUCAGAUCCUCUGCUAUUACUUCUGAGUCUACUGUAUUAAUCCUCAAAUGCAUCCGUUAUGUUAGUUCAUGUCAAGAUUUCAUAAAGAAGCUUAGAGAUUUGAAAUGGGUGAAGACUAAUGUGGGAUUUUGUGCUCCAAAUGUCUCUUUUCUUGUGGAUUCUGAAUGGGAGUGCCUUGUGCAGAUCUUCAAAGAAGUUCCAAUAAUUGAUUUAGGAUUUUAUGGGAGUGUGAUCAGUUCAUACAAAGAAGAGUUGAAGAAGGCCGGUUUGAUCACACGAUUUGAGGAGGCAUCGAUAGCUAUAGCCAAUGUUUUCAAUCGCAUGGUAUCUGAGUCAUCACUUACGAAGGCUAAUGUCCUAGCUCUACUACUAGCUUAUCGGCAGCUGAGAACACACAGGCCACUUCCUGUUGAGCUUUUCAACUGCAUGCGCACAGAGAAGUGGAUACACACAUCACUAGGGUUUCAAUCUCCGUCAAAUACAAUCCUAUUUGAUAAUGCAUGGCAAUAUCUAUCUCCCAUAGCAAUACUACCGUUCAUUGAUGAUGGUGACACUUGUAAUGGUUUGGGGACCGAUAUAUACGGUUAUAAAGAUGAGCUUAGGGAGUUGGGUGUUACUGUUGAAGUGAAAUUUGGUGCCAGAUUUGUCCUUGCUGGCCUCAGCAUUCCUCAUGAUCCUUCCAUUAUGUCCAAAGCUACCAUUUUGUCGUUUCUGGAGUGUAUCAAGAACUACUUUGCCUCUGCAACUGAACCUCCGAAGGGCUUUAAAGACCAGAUUUCCAAGAAGUGGUUGAAGACAUCCUUGGGCUACCAAUGUCCUGCUGAAUGUAUUCUCUUUGAUGCAAAACAAUGUUUUCUACAGAUGGAAGAUGGCCCUUUCAUUGAUGAAGCAUUCUAUGGUUCAGACAUAGCUUCAUUCAAACAUCCCCUUGCGAUGAUUGGAGUGACUGUGGAUGUUAAUUGUGCACAAGAUCUUAUUGCCCGGUAUAUGAGGAACAAAAAAGAUACAAAUACUAUUUCCCGGAUCUACAUGUAUCUGAAGAAAUGUAACUGGAAGCCUGACAAAAAUAACAACAGAAAAUGGAUUUGGAUACCAAAGGAAACAGAGGGUGGAGACUGGGUGAGCUCAAAAAGUUGUGUUCUGCAUGAUAAGAACAAUCUAUUUGGCCUGCAGCUGCAUGUUCUGGACAAAUAUUAUGACAGAAAGCUGCUUGACUUCUUUUCACUUGCUUUCAGUGUCAGGCAUGGACCUUGUUCUGAAGACUAUUGCAAACUAUGGGCCACAUGGGAGAGUUCAGUCCAUGAGCUAGCCAUAUCCGAUUGCUUUGCUUUCUGGAAAUUCAUUGCAACGAACUGGACCAAGAAAACAGAGGAACUUCUUUCUGGUUGUGUCAAGGUUCCAGUAUGUACUGAUGGCAAGAUCAUUUUAAUAAACAAGGAGAAUGUGUUCAUUCCUGAUGAUCUACUGCUUGCAGAUUUGUUCAGUGAGCAUCCUCAGCAAUCGCUCUUCAUCUGGUAUGCUUCUUCUGCUGUACCUUCCAUGUCUCGAGCAAGGUUCAACUGCAUAUAUGGUAGUAUCGGUGUCAAGACAAUCUCAAAAGCAGUCACCAAGAAUGAUUCCUUCCCUUCAGCUAAUAGCCGUUUCAAAACAGUGGUUCUGAGUAAGGUGAUCAAGUUUGGGUUGCUCCAAAUAGUCCUCGCAUUCCUUUCGAAUCCUGCUUUUGACAUUCCUGCUGAAGAUAGGCACAAGAUGGUUUCUUGCCUCCUGAAUGUGACUAUCGAAGAGACCGAUGAACCGAUCACAAUGGCAUACAGUGUGAGUUUGUCCUCUGGAGAGGUGGUGGAGGUGAAGGCCAGACGAAUGCUUCGCUGGGAAAGGGAGAAUUCAAAGCUGUACAUGCAGAGAACUGGUGGCGCAUCCAGCUACAAAGACAAGAUUGAAUUUGCAACCUACUUUGCACAUGAGAUAUCUCAUGGGUUGCUGUUUCAGAUGCCCGAUCAGAUAUCUUCGCUCGCUGAACUCAUAAAAAUUGGUAGCUUACUAAACUUCCAGCAGGCUGCUGUUGCGUUCUUGCUGAAGUCCAAAAAUCUGCAGCUGUUCCCUGAAGAUGAAGAUUUCCUGUUUCGUUCAAAAAAGAUGAAGAUUUCCUGAAGUCAUCACCGCUAGGUUGCUGACGGCCUGCAAUUCCUAGAAAAAAAAAACUCGUGUUGCGCUUGUGCCUGGAGGUUCCUGAAUACCACCAACGUUGGUGUCUUCUAUGAUGCAUCUGUGUCGUUGGGCUGCUAUCUCCCUGUUACAGUCAUGGAUUCAGUGCCUCCUGAUACAAAAUGUCAGUUUGUUUCCGUGCAAAUGCUUAUGUCGUGUUAAAUGACACCAAGUACUUGAAUGAACUUUAGUGCCUUGUGUGUGCUCCGUUGAUUUAUGGUCUCGCUACAUGAGUUGUGUUUGUUUGAGAUUUGUUGCAGUGACAGCGAUCUGUUAAUUGACGUUUUUUUGCAUGUACUGGAGGCCAAAUAUAGCUGUUUCCGUCAGUGUAUACGCUAGGCGUAUCAGUUGCAGUCUCGCCGAUGAAAGUUGCCACGUUUUUGUAUCCAGGACAGCAUACUGCUUGUUCUUUCA